AUGACCUGUGACUGCUGCUCUGGAAACUUCUCUACCUCCCCGCGGCGAUGUGUGCCCUCUUCUGGUUCCUCCUGUGCCUCUUCCAACCUGGUCUACAGCACCACCAGCUGUUCUCCCAGCACCUGCCAGCAGGAAUCCUCUUUACACAGUGGCUGUCAGGAGAUCUGCAUUGAGCCCAGGAGCUGCCAGAGAUCCUAUGUGGUGUUGAGUCCCUGCCAGACAGCCUGCUACUACCCGAGGAGCUCCACACCCUGCACUCCCUGCCAGGGGACAUAUGCUGGGUCUCUGAACUUUGGGCCCAGUUUUCAUUCCCUGGAUUGUGGAUCUAGUAGGUGCUACAUAGUGGGUUGUGGACCCAGUAGACUUGAAUCGCUGUAUUGCAGAGUCUCUGGCAUCCCUUUCCAGAGUUAUGGGUUCAGAUUCUACUGUCCAGAUCACCUGCCUGCUAGUACCUGCCACCCUUGUUAUAAACCAACCUGUGGUAAUAUCCUCCAUGGAGUCUACUGUUGA